CAACUCAAAAACGUAGUAGCUUCACCAAAGACCUGAGUCAAUGGCUCUUAACCUACUUGCUUCACUCCCUAUCUGCAAUUUCAAUAGACUACCACCUAUCCCAUCUAAAGGUCCUAUCUCACUUGUAAAAUCCAGAAGUGGCAUCGUUGUCCAAUGCAUGCCAGCCAGCAAAAUAUCAAAUAGUCCCACUGCUUUGCGGCGAUCAGCAAAUUACCAACCUACCGAUUGGCACUAUAACUACAUUCAGUCAUUGAGAAAUGAAUAUACGGGGGAAUCAUGCACUAGACAAAAUAAUAUGUUAAAGGAACAAGUGAGGAUGAUGCUUCACAAAGUGGUGGGUCCUAUAGAGCAACUCGAGCUGAUAGAUAUCUUGCAGAGAUUGGGAAUAUCUUAUCACUUUGAGGAAGAAAUAAAGAAAAUAUUAGAAGGACUUUACAACAAUAUUGACCAUGGUAGUGAUACUGACACGUGGAAGACGAAGAAUUUAUAUGCCACAGCUCUUAAAUUUAGACUCCUAAGACAACAUGGAUAUAUUGUGUCUCAAGAAGUUUUCAAUAGUUUCAUGGAUGAGAGAGGAAAUUUCAAAGCAUGCCUUUGCGAGGAUACGAAGGGUAUGCUAUCCUUGUAUGAAGCCUCAUUCCUUUCUAUAGAAAAUGAAAAUAUCUUAGAAGAUGCAAGAGAAUUCUCAACAAAACAUCUGAAAGUAUACAUCAAGAAGAAUAAAGAUAAAAAUCUUUCUGCUUUAGUGAGCCAUUCCUUGGAGGUUCCACUACAUUGGAGGAUGCUUAGGUUGGAAGCAAGGUGGUUCAUUGAUAUAUAUAGAAGAAGAGAAGACAUGAACACUAUCUUGCUUGAGCUUGCAAAAUUGGAUUUCAACAUGGUACAAGCAACCCACCAAGAAGAUCUAAAAGAAUUGUCAAGGUCGUGGAAGAGCACAGGCCUUGCAGAAAAUUUGAAUUUUGUGAGGGAUAGGCCAUUGGAGUGUCUCUUAUGGACAAUGGGAGUAAUGUUUCAGCCACAAUUUGGAUAUUUUAGGAGAACAAUAGCAAAGUUCGUUGCACUAAUAACAGUAAUAGAUGAUAUUUAUGAUGUAUAUGGCACUUUGGAUGAACUGGAGUGCUUCACAAAUGCUGUUGAGAGAUGGGAUAUCAACGCAAUGGAUGGGCUCCCAGAAUAUAUGAAGUUGUGUUUCUUUGCUGUACACAAUUCAGUUAAUGAAUUGGCUUUUGAUAUCCUUAAGGAACAAGGAGUCAACAUCAUUCGUUACCUUAAAAAAGUGUGGGCUGAUUUAUGUAGAGCUUAUUUGUUGGAGGCAAAGUGGUACCACAACGGAUAUACUCCAAGCCUUCAAGAAUACAUUGAGAAUGCAUGGAUAUCAGUAGCAGGACCAAAUUUAAUGGUGCAGGCUUAUUUUUGUGUCACAAAUCCACUAACAAGUGAAGCCUUGGAUUGCUUGGAAGAGUACCCUAACAUGAUCCGUUGGUCAACAUUGAUUUUACGACUUGCAGAUGAUCUUGGAACAUCUACGGAUGAGAUAAAAAGAGGUGAUGUCCCCAAAUCAAUCCAAUGCUACAUGAAUGAAAUUGGUGCUAGUGAAGAAGAUGCUCGUGAGUACAUAAGGUGUAUGAUUAGUGCAACAUGGAAGAAGAUGAAUGAAGUCCGAGUUGCAAGUUCUCCCUUCUCUCAAACAUAUAUAGAUAUUUCAUUCAAUGUUGUAAGGAUGGGUCAAUUCAUGUACCAACAUGGAGAUGGACAUGGUGCUGGGAACCAUGAAACUAAGGGUCAUAUUUUGUCAUUACUUAUUCAACCCAUUCCAUUAAAUAAAAAUCGAUGUGAUUAAUUAUUUAUAUCGUAAGGAUGUAGAUUUGAAGGUCUAGUUUGACAACUGUACUAGUCGGAGUCAUAAGAAAAAUAGUUGGUAAAGCCAUUGGCUAACACCUGUCCUCUUUCUUUAACUUCCCAUGUCAUCCAAAACUGUUUAGUCAAUGAUUUUUUACCCUUUUUCCUUUUCAUUUGGAAGAUAUAUUUGAUAAUAAUGUAUUGUUGUUUUCCAUU